UGCAUCCCCCGCGCCGCGCCGCACCGCACCGCACCGCACCGCACCGCCAGCCAUGGCCGCGGGACGCAAGAUCACGGCCAAGAUCAAGAAGACGCUGCCGGUGACGGGGCCGCAGGCGCCCACGCUGGGCGAGCUGAUGCGCUGGUACUGCCUGAACACCAACACGCACGGCUGCCGCCGCAUCGUGGUGUCGCGCGGCCGCCUGCGCCGCCUGCUCUGGAUCGCGCUGACGCUCAGCGCCGUGGCGCUCAUCCUGUGGCAGUGCGCCGAGCUGGUGCUGGGCUACUACAGCGCCUCCGUGUCCGUCACCGUGCGCUUCCAGAAGCUGCGCUUCCCCGCCGUCACCAUCUGCAACAUCAACCCCUACAAGUACAGCGUGAUAAAAGAGUACCUGUCUGAGCUGGACAAAGAGACCAGAAGCGCACUGGAGUCUUUAUACGGGUUUUCAGAAGGCAAACCCAAGGUCCGCCGGGAUGCAGAGGACCGAAAUGCGACAGCGUAUCAAUACCUUGAGAAAGUCCCGCUGCUCCGGUUCGAGGACCUCACUCGGAAAGAAGCCACCGACCUUCACAGUGGGCACAAGCGGAAAAUCGAGUCCAACAUCUUCCACAAAGGGUCCACGAAUAUUGGGGAUCCACAAAACAUGAUCGGCUUUCAGCUGUGUGACCCAAACAACAGCAGCGACUGUGCAGUUUACACAUUCAGUUCUGGUGUCAACGCUAUUCAAGAAUGGUACAAACUGCAUUAUAUGAACAUCAUGGCACAAAUUCCCCUGGAGAGGAAGGUGAAUAUGGGCUAUUCAGCUGAUGACCUCCUGCUGACAUGUUUCUUUGACGGCCUAUCUUGUGACACGAGAAACUUCACUCCGUUCUAUCACCCGCUGCACGGCAACUGCUACACCUUCAACAGCGGAGAGAAUGGGACGAUCCUGAGCACCUCCACCGGAGGCAGCGAGUACGGAUUACAGGUUGUCCUUUACAUAGAGGAAGCAGAUUACAAUCCCUUCUUGGUGACAUCAACUGGGGCCAAGAUCAUCAUCCACGACCAAAAUGAAUAUCCCUUCAUUGAAGAUAUCGGCACAGAGAUCGAGACGGCGACUGCCACCUCCAUAGGGAUGCAUUUUACAGAGUCUCGCAAGCUCAGUGAACCAUACAGCGACUGCACAGAGAGUGGCGCGGAUAUAAAUGUGGAAAACCUCUACAACAAGACCUACUCUCUCCAGAUUUGCCUUCACUCCUGCUUCCAGAAGGCCAUGGUGGAUCACUGCGGCUGUGCCCAGUAUGCCCAGCCCUUGCCUGCUGGGGCCGAGUACUGCAACUACAAGAAACAUCCCAGCUGGAUGUACUGCUACUAUAAGUUGCACGAGAAGUUUGUGAAGGAGCAGCUGGACUGUCAGCAGAAGUGCAAAGAAGCCUGCAGCUUUAAGGAGUGGGCGCUCACCACCAGCAUAGCCCAGUGGCCAUCCACCGCUUCGGAGGACUGGAUGCUCCGGGUCCUCUCUUGGGACAAAGGGCAGAAAAUCAACAAGAUGUUAAAGAAAACGGACCUCGCAAACCUGAUGGUGUUUUACAAAGACCUGAACAAGAGAUUCAUUUCUGAGAAUCCUGCCAACAGCAUUGUCAUUCUGCUUUCCAACUUCGGGGGCCAGCUGGGCCUGUGGAUGAGCUGCUCCGUGGUGUGUGUCAUUGAGAUUGUCGAGGUUUUCUUCAUUGACUCUCUCUCCAUCAUCAUGCGGCGCCGCUGGCAGAAGACAAAGAAAUGGUGGAAUUCCCGAAAGGCCAAGCAGAGCCGGGCACCUGCCCCGGGGACCGGGCCAGGCAAGCAAGGCCACGACAACCCUGCGUGCAUCGACGAGGACUUGCCCACCUUUAACACUGCCCUUCGCUUGCCACUGCCCCAGGAAAAUCACUUGCCCAGGACUCCCCCACCCAACUACAGCACUUUACGGCUAGACACCACAUUUACAGAACAGCUGCCUGACACACUAGAGACCGAGAGCCGCUGAGGCAGUAUUGAUCUCCUCGUGUCGGUGCCAAAGACAGUGGGCGUGUGCCCCAGGAGCCACGGGCAUGCAUCUGGGGGUUUGCCCUUGGGGGUGGAUGGUGUUUGGAGCUUUCUGGUAAAAGCAUCCCUGAGCAAGCACCAGGCACGAGGGCUUGGCCGGAGGGCACGGCAGGCCUGGCAUCUCCAGCAGCAAAGAGCUUGUGUCUUCACGAAGACAAUGACAAACAUUGUGGACAAGCUGCACAUCGUUCACCCAUCUGGUGCUAAUGCUGUGACUGCUCGCGCCUCCGCAUCGGCAUCCCAGUGCACGGGCCAGGCCAGGCCUUAGGGGAGGCCAGAGCCCAUUGCUGGGAGAGAGGGAGGGUUGGGAGGAGAGUGACUUCCACCCAGAUGCCCCGUGCUGCGAGGGGAAAGGAAACGGCGGCGUUAAUCUGUAACCCCUUCCACUCAAGGCCUUACUGGCAGCAUGGCUCCUGGUCCAGGGUGGAGAACUUUAAAGCCAAAAGAACCACUCCCAGAGCAAGUUAUUACCCCAUUGGGGUAAGGGAGCUGAAGUCAGUCCCAAAAUGGUCUUUUCCAGUGUCCGAAAGUGAAGGCAGAACAACGAGUCUCGUCUCUACUAGGGGAGGCCUGUCUUCACACAGCCCAGCCAGCUGCUCCUGUACCCACAGGAUCUCAUGUGAGCUGUGCAGGCGCUGGGAGCCCUUGCAGCCCCCUUCUCACAGUCAUUUCAGUCAUGGCCCAAGACCCCUGGCCUGAGACUGCCAUUCAAAUAUCGCCCCAGCGCUAGCACGGUCUAUUCCAACACCCGGAGCGUGGCGCAUCGCCAGGGCUGGGAGGGAGAAGAAAUCCCCUCCCCCAGGGCAGUGAUAACAAAUCCCCCGUCCCCGUCCCCAUCCCCAGCAGUUAGCACACCCACUGCUCUGACGUCCCUGCAGCCAGGUGUGACGGGAAGAGCAGACAGAAGAUGCACUGAUCCCAAAUUCCAGCUGUGGCCCCCCCACUGCAGAAAGGAAGUGGACACAUUGGAGAGAGUCCAGCCAAAGGCAAUGACAAUGGUUGUGGGCUGGGGACAGGACUGGCGAGGAAAGGCUGAGGGAACUGGGCUGAUUGAGUCUGGAGAAGAGAAGACCGAGGGGGAUUGAAUAGCCGCCUUCACCUCCCUGCCGGGAUCUGCAAAGAGGAUGGUGCUGGGCUGGUCUCGGUGGGGGCAGAGGGCAGGACAAGGAGCAAUGGGCUUAAGCUGCAGCAAGGGAGGUUGAGGUUGGAUGUUAGGAAAAGCUCUCUCAUGAGGAGGGUGGUAAAGCACUGGAACAGGCUGCCCAGAGAGGUGGGAGAGUCUCCACCCUUGGAGGUGUUGAAGACCCGAGUACACAAAGCCUUGGCUGGGAUGAUGUAGUCGGGGCUGGUCCUGCUUGGAGCAGGGGUUGGACUAAAUGCGACCUCCUGAGCUCCCUGCCAACCUGAAUUUCCUAUGAUUGUAUGAAUGCCCCGUGCACUAGUACCACCACAGCCCAGACCCUCUCGGCCUCCAGCCCACCGAGACAGUCCCUGGAUUUCAAAACAGCUGCUGAAAGUGUCACUGCUCGUACCUCUCGUGGACCCCAGGCCACGUGCACGGAAAUGCUACUUUAGGAUGCGUGGACUCGCCCCCACAGCUCAGCCCCUCUUCCCAGCCAGCUCUGCUAUGGCCUUCCUGUAGCCGAUUAGGGCAGGCCGUGCAGAUGGCAAAGACAGGCCCUUCGUGUGCUUGUGGGACCGGCUGUUGGAGACGGUCUGCGUUUAUACACUGAUCAUCUAUGUUAAACAGGGAGAGCAAAGAGCCACGUGCCCGAGUGUGCAAUAAAAUGUAUCUUAUUUUAACUGAAUAUUUAACAGCACAAAGGCUGGAAAUAAAGAUAUAUUUUUUGAA